GUUGUUUAUCAGUGGAGUGUAGUCACACCUUAACGAUUCGACUUGGAAAUGAAUAACAACCCGCAGGCCGUAGUGGCUGUUAAGGAAGAGCACAUCAUUAUCGAUGGAGUUCGAUUGAAAAAGAAGAUGGAAGUCGUUGCAAUAGAACAAGGCAUCUUUGCCAGGGAAGUGAUAGAGGCAAGAAGAGCUCCUCCCGUUGUUCAGGCCAGGACACCUCCCAUACAACCUCCCCCAGUGAUGGUGGUAGUAGAUUCUCCACCACCAUCAAAACACGGCUGUGUAGACUUUUGUUUCAAGUGUGAAAGCGGCCACAGCUGGUACGAUUUGCAAGGGAAAGGUUUAUGCAUUGUCCUGUUGCUGCUUUUGGGUUAUUUGAUCUUUGGGGUUAUCGCUUUAGCAUUUUUUGUGUUGUAUUGUGUUGGCGAGUGCCUCAAGUCAUUUGGAAGUGACUGAGAAAUGGAUCACAUCAUUGGUUUAUCUAUGGAGAUGAAUUUAAAUUACAUUAAUAUUCCAUUAUCUAUUGCGUUUUCACUAAAAGUUUUGUGCUUAAAUAAUUUGGGUUUUCAUUUCUUCGAAUUUGGCACUCCUGAGCAAAUUUACUUCGGGUCAGUCAGAUCAAGGUAGCAUUCACAAGCUUCCUACCUAAUUCCC